AUGACCAAGUGGAGGGAAGCUGAACGUCCUCAGAGGCCCCAGGGCCGCGUGUGUCUCGUGUUAGCCCCAAUCUUGUGCAUAGUGGCUCUUAUAGUAAUUACCGAGAUGAUAACGUUGCUAGGACCUCUAGGGGAUCACCUCGUUGGACUGCGUCAGCUGGCGUGGCCCUAUCGCCUCCCGACGCUGUCACCGGAAGAGACAGUUCCCGCUCCAGAUUUGUUACACUUGAGUUUGCUGCAUGAAGUUUGUGUGAACGACGUCAAUGCUUCGGUGUCGUGGCAAUUCGGGGCACCCGGGCACCAACUUGUGGGUGGAACAGCCAACAAUUCUCACGUUCUGGUCCACAAAGACGACACCGAUCUGUUGCCGAAACUUCGUCACUGUCCAGACGUGGAUAUCUUUCUACCUCAUAAAUCACAUACUGCCGGCUACUGUCAAGACGCCGCGGCAUAUGUCAAAUAUUUGGAGUCACGCUUACUUCCGGAAUGGGUUCUGGAUGUCCAGUUGGACGAUCCUGACCUCGGACGUCAAGUUGAUUACUUCAGUCUGUGUCCCCGGACCCCCGUGCUGUUCCUAGGUCAUCACUGGAGUAGCGUGGCCAUGACGUCUCGGUGGCCAAGUGACAAGCCCAUUUACAUGAUGCCUAACAUUGAAAUCAUGGAGCUCACGCCCUUGCACUUCCUUCGGGUUGAUGCAGUGUUGUGCAAGACACGGGUGUGCUACGAUCGGGUGACGCAAUGGUAUAAGCAAGUGGGAAACCCGCGCAAUGCGUCCGUGUUUUACACAAAACACACCUCUUCUAGUCCAUCCACGCUGGUUCGCAAGCGCUUGGGAGAAUACGCCGUGGCGUCCAAGGACUAUGCUGAGGUGAAGUUUACUCACCUGGCUGGUGUGAGUUCUGUGAAAGGCACAAGAGAGGUUUUGGAGUGCUGGCUGCAUACUUCAGACUUGCCUCUGCUCGACGUGUACAUUGACCGCAAGCCGUUCUAUCGCUUAUUCUCGCCGUCGUUUAAAUCGAAAGUUGCCCACAGCUUGAGCCCCGUGAACAUCCGAUUGGGCACGCAUGACCAUCUAACCUUUAGCAAGGUCGUAGCUGAGGCUCUCUAUAUGGUAAGCCCGAGCUACGGCGAAGGCUACGGUCACACUUUGAAUCAGGCACGCUCUUCGGGAGCUGUUAUUGUAACGACUGACAUGUCCCCGAUGAACGAGCUGGUGACGAAUGAAACGGGCGUGCUGAUCCCGGUGAGUCGUGUCAAGCAUCCGAUGGUUCUAAUGGGUGGCGACUACAAAGGAGAACAGGGGUUGAAGGACGUGGAGGGUCUCGUGGCCUCGUUCGAGGCGUCUGACGUCUGCAAAGCUGUUCAGCGUAUGAUGCAGUCAACGACGGUUGAUGAACGUGCCAAGCUGGGUCUCAAUGCCAGUCGGCAGUACCAUGCUGAUACGAAGUACUUCGCAAAGGCGAUGGAGAAGCUACGUACGUUUGCCAACCCGUAA